AUGGACUGGUACAUGAUGAACUGCGAGCUGCUGGCCACCUGCAGCGCCCUGGGCUACCUGGAAGGGGACGUCUACCACCGGGAGCCCGACUGCCUGGAGAGCGUCAAGGACCUGAUCCGGUACCUGCGCCACGAGGACGAGACCCGGGACGUCCGGCAGCAGCUGGGGGCGGCCCAGAUCCUGCAGAACGACCUCCUGCCCAUCCUGGUCCAGUACCCGCAGGAUAAGGUGCUCUUCGAUGCCGUCGUCAGGCUGAUGGUGAACCUGACGCAGCCGGCUCUGCUCUGCUUCGGCAAAGUGCCGCCGGAUGCCACCUCCCGGCACCACUUUCUCCAGGUGCUGUCCUACCUCCAGGCCUACAAAGAGGCUUUCGCCAGUGAGAAAGUUUUUGGGGUGCUCAGUGAGAAGCUCUACGACCUGCUGCAGCUGGACUGGGAGCAGCGGCAGGAGGAGGACACGCUGCUAAUCGAGAGGAUCUUGCUGCUGGUGCGCAAUGUGCUGCACGUCCCCCCGGACCCCACGGAGGAGCAGGGCGUGGACGGCGAUGCCAGUGUGCAUGACCGGGUGCUGUGGGCGCUGCACAUCACCGGGAUGGAUGACCUGCUCAAGUUCCUGGCCAGCGCCCAGGCGGAGCAGCAAUGGGCCCUGCAUGUCCUGGAGAUCAUCUCCCUCAUGUUCCGUGACCAGAGCCCGGAGGAGCUGGCAGUGCUGGGGCAGGGGCAGUCGGCCGCCGAGCACGGGGAGGACACGCGGGAGCUGGAGGCCCUGCGGCAGCGCGAGCUGGCGGAGAGGAGAGCCCGAGCACUGCAGCGCCCAUCCAGGCACUCCCGCUUCGGUGGCUCCUACGUCCUGCAGGGUCUGAAGGCGAUCGGGGACCGGGACGUCGUGUUUCACAAGGGGCUGCACAACCUGAAGAGCUACAGCCAUGACCUGGGCAAGGAGACGCGGCGGGUGCCGCGGCGGCGCCAGGCUGCCCCGGAGGCCGAGCCCCCCCGCCGCUCUGCCCGCAACGUCCGGCUCUUCCUGUGCCGCUUCUGCCAGGAUUUCCUGGAGGGCUGCUACAACCGCCUGAUGCUGCUGGUCAAGGACCAGCUGGUGCGGGAGAAGGCUCAGCAGCACGAUGAGACCUACUACCUGUGGGCCACCGCCUUCUUCAUGGCCUUCAACCGCUGCCGGGGCUUCCGCCCCGAGCUGGUGUCGGAGACGGUGGGUGUCCGCGCCUUCCACUUUAUCGAGCAGAACCUCACCACCUACUACGAGAUGGCACUGAUGGACAAGAAGGACGCAGCGACCUGGGCCCGCAGGAUGCACCUGGCCCUGAAGGCGUACCAGGAGCUGCUGCGGACGGUGCAGGAGAUGGACCGGUCCCCUGAGCAGGCAGUGCGGGACAGCAGCCAGGUCAUCAAGAGCAACAUCUUCUACCUGAUGGAGUACCGGGAGCUCUUCCUCGCCCUCUUCCGCAAGUUUGAUGAGACCAAGCAGCCGCGCAGCUUCUUGCAGGACCUGGUGGAGACGGCCCAUCUCUUUCUCCGCAUGCUGGAGCGCUUCUGCCGGGGCCGCGCCGGCCUUGUGGUGCAGAACAAGCGCGUGCGGAGGAGGAAGAAGCCGCGGGCAGCUGCAGCCCUCGCCCCGCAGCCACCCAGCGCCAUGGAGCUGGAGGAGCUGUGGGCAGGAUUGGCCCCGCAGCUCCAGGCCUGCCUGCAGGGCGAGGUGCCCCUCCCCGAGGAUGUGGUGCCCUUUGAUGCCGCCUCGGAGACGCCGGUGGAGGAGCAGCGCGCAGAGGCUCUGCUACGGAUCCAGGGGUGCCUGCGGGACGCCCAGGCCCCCCAGGCCCUGCGGCUGCUCCGCUCUGCCAGGGAUGUCUGGCCUGAAGGGGAUGUGUUCGGACCCCCUGACGCGGGGCCGCCCGAGGAGACCCAGCUGCUGCGGGAGAUCCUCUUCGCUCCCCUGCCCCGGCACGCGCCCCCCGAGGCCGAGGAGCCAGAGGAAGAGGAGGAUGAGGAAGAGGAAGAGGAGGAAGAGACCGUGCAGGUGUCAGAGAAGGAGUUCAACUUCCUCGACUACCUGAAACGGUUCGCCUGCGCCCCCGUGGUCCGGGCGCUCGUGCUGCUGCUGCGGGGGUACGCCCGCAACAGCCCCCGCACCAACCACUGUGCCGCUCGCCUGCUGCACCGCCUGGCCCGCGACCUACACAUGGAGGCCCUGCUCUUCCAGCUCUCCCUCUUCGCCCUCUUCCACCGCCUCCUCAGCGACCCUGCCGCCGGCGCACACCAGGAACUGGUGGCGUUGGCCAAGUUCAUCCUGGGCAAGUUCUUUGCGCUGGCGGCCACCAACAAGAAGGCCUUCGUGGAGCUGCUCUUCUGGAAGAGCCCGGCGGCUGUCCGCGAGAUGACCGAGGGCUACGGCUCCCUGCGGGAGGGAGAGGGGGCUGGCAGGAGCCGGGUCCCCCCCUGGACCCCCCAGGAGGAGCAGGAGCUGCGGGACCUGUACUGGAAGUACAAGGAGGUGGAAGGCGAGGACGUCAUCGCUGCCAUCCUGGCCCAUCUCCCGGCGCCGGGGCGGACGCGGAGGCAGGUGGUGAAGCAGCUGGUGCGGCUGGGGCUGGCCGGCAGCGCCAAGGACUUCCCGCGGGAGAGGAAGGGCACCUGCCUCGUGCUGUGGACGCAGGAGCAGGAGGAGGAGCUGACGCGGCUCUUCGAGGAGUUCCGGGGCUCGGAGGACGUCCUGGGGAACAUCAUGAAGCACCUGACGGCGCGGCGGUCGCGGGCUCGUGUGGUGGACAAGCUGCUGGGGCUGGGGCUGGUGACGGAGCGCAAGGAGCUGUACAAAAAGCGCCGGAGGAAGGGCCAUGGCCCCGGGCCGGGUGCGGCGGGUGCCCCCGCAGUGCCGGCUCAGGACAGCUCGGCAGAGGAUGGGGACAGUGAGGAAGAGGAGGAGGAUGAAGUGGAGGAAGGUCCCAUGGAGGAACACUGGGAGCCCGAGGAAGGGGCUGGGCAGGGCCUGGCACAUCGUCUGCAUCAGGAAGGCCUGGCCGGGCCCCUGCGGUGGCUGGAGAACUGCCUGAGGAGGACGGCCGGGGACCGCGAGGAGGAUGGCGUGUCCCACCCAGUGCCGCUGGUGCCGCUCUCGGAGGAGAAUGAGGACGCCAUGGAGGACCGUCGCUUCCAGGCCCUGCUGCGGCAGCUGGGGCUCCGGCCUCCCGCCAGCGAGCAGGAAUCCUUCUGGCGCAUUCCGGCUGCCCUCAGCCCACAGCAGCUCCGCCGUGCGGCCGCCUCCAUCGCCCAUUACAGCCCCGACCCCCCGGGGUCCCCCCAGGGGCUGCUGGAGCCACCCAGGUGCCCCCAGGACCCCAAUCCAGCAGAGCAGCUGCCGGCAGGGCUGGGAUCGGACUCGGAGAGGUGA